GCGAUUUGUACAAAAGUUCGGGGCUUGGAGAAACGUGUCAUAUGAUCAGUUGAUGCAUUAUAUUAUGACAUUCGAAAUUUUUCAGUUUGAUUACAAGAGUUGUAAUAGCUCAGCGGAUCAAGCGCGAGAAGAAGGGAAGAAAAAGAACAAGAAGAAUAAAACGACAGCGACAGCGAUAACGACGAGGACGACGACGUGUAGGGACAUUCCUCACCGAUCGGCGCUUUCGUUUUUCGUCCGCGACUCGCGAUAUCGUCGUCAUCGGCCAUACUGGACCGAUAACAGUACACCAUAGUUGCGAUUGUGGUCGUGAUAUCGAUUUAAAAAAGGUUACGCUCCCUAUUAUGUCGCCUCUACGACGUGCGCCGACGAACGGGCGGCUCCGGAGAUCCCUCCAUCGAGAUGGCUUGCGAGGCUUGCAGUGCAAAAUUCAAUUUAUUUAAGAGAAAAAAACAAUGCGCGGAUUGUCUGAGGCACUUUUGCUCCGAAUGUGUGAUUAAACGACUGGACAAGGUGUUUACCUGCGACAGCUGUGGUGUGCUAUCGAGGAGACCACUUGUAAGGAAUCAGAUCAGGCAAAUACGCUCUAAGGAUUUGCGUCAGUACCUUGUGGCGAAGAAAGUCUCUGUCAAGGGAUGUGUUGAGAAAGAGGACUUGGUACAUUUACUAAUGCUCUUUGCUAAUGGAACUGACCCUUGCUCUAGUACUGACUAUAGUACAAGUGCCGGGACGCAAAACGUUGCUGAAGAGCCACUAGUAUAUUCCUCUUUGAAUAGAUCGGAAGACACACCGAAUGUUAGUACUGCAAAUGACGAACCGCGUGAAGACGCGCAGGCACAAGCACAACCCGCAAGAAGUGAAGAUGUCGAUAUGGCGGAGGAGCCAAGCGAGAGCAGUCACAAUAGUCCGAUCAUUAGCGUGCCAGUUAGCGAUAGCGAAUCGCCCGAAGAGGGACCGACGAAAAGUAAUAACAUUGAAAUACAGGAAGUGUCGGAAACUGAUAACAGUCCAAUCGAGCCCCAUAUUACAUCGGAGCCGCUAAUUACCGAACAUGAGGAAGUUUCCGAAGCAUCAAAUGAGAAAAAAUCGGAUAUGGUUACAGAAAUUCCUACGUGGUCGGAUAGAGUACAAUUGUCGGACAUAAAGGAGGCGUCGGAACUGGAGUAUCUAAAUGUUAAACAAUUAAAAAAUUUGUUGAGUACAAAUCGUGUAGAUUACAAAGGCUGCUUAGAGAGGCAAGAGUUACAGAACAGAGUAUCCAGAUUAUGGCAGGAGUACAAACAAUCUAGACAAGACGUAGAAAAACUCAGCGAGGAAGAACUGUGUAAAAUUUGUUGGGACGCUCCAAUUGAAUGCGUAAUUUUAGAAUGCGGCCAUAUGGCCUGCUGUAUAAACUGCGGUAAACAAAUGUCCGAGUGUCCGAUAUGCAAGCAGUACGUCGUUCGUGUUGUACGAUUCUUCAAAGCCUAAUGCUACAGUGACUAGAAUAUAGUUAUGCGCGCGUAGUGGCUGAUUAUAGAUCUAUUUGUUAUAGCCAAACUGGCUGCUCUAG